CGGAUCCAAGUUAAAAACCAGAUUUACUUCAGUUCAGUAACACAAAAACAGACACGCCUCCAGCCCCUCUGCGGGUCCAGAUUCUGGUCCAGACGGACGGAGCAGGGGCAGCAGAACUUUGGUGCUUCAUCAUGAGAAUCUGGACUUUCAGUGCGAGUCUGAGUGAGAAGAUUUCAGUUCCGACCCAUAGAGAUGAUGGGACGAUUGAAACCGAUCAGAGAACAGAACAGGCAUUUCUGAGGGUUAAAACCUGCUGAUUCCCAUUCUGACCGAUGAGAAGUCAUGUCCAGGACCGGACUCAGGAUCAUGAUUUUCAUCCUGUCCUUGCUGGUCCAAUUCAGAUGUGGUACCGAGCUUCUCUCGGAGAUGUACGGCAGCCUGAAGUCUCCAAACUUCCCAGAGCCGUAUCCCAGAGACACGGAGCUGAACUGGAACAUCAGCGUUCCUGACGGUUUCCGGAUCAGCCUGUUCUUCAGCCACUUUGACCUAGAACCUUCCUACCUGUGCGAGUAUGACUUUGUCAAGGUGAAGGCAGACGGAGAGGUUCUGGCUGUGUUCUGUGGGAAGGAGGAGACGGAUACAGAGGAGGUACCGACCCAGCAGGUUAUCACCUCCCCCAGAAACUCUCUCAGCGUCCAGUUUGUGUCGGACUUCUCCAACGAGGAGCGAUUCUCCGGCUUCAUGGCUCACUACAGCGCCGUGGAUGUGGACGAGUGCAGUCAGCGCAGCGAUGAGGAUCAGCUCUGCGAUCAUUUCUGCCACAACUUCAUUGGGGGAUACUACUGCUCCUGUCGCUAUGGUUACCAGCUGCACACAGACAACCACACUUGCAGAGUGGAGUGCAACAGUGCUGUCUUCAAGGAACGCUCUGGAAUUCUGAGCAGCAUUAAUUUUCCGUCUCCAUAUCCGAAGAGCUCCGACUGCUCGUACCGCGUUGAGGUGGAGGAGGGAUUCAGGCUCCGCCUCCAGUUUGAUCCCCGCUUUGAUGUGGAGGACCACCCGGACAUCACCUGCCCCUACGACCAUGUUAAGAUCCAAGCAGGAAACAAAGAGUUUGGACCGUUCUGUGGAGAUCGGUCUCCAGGGUUCAUCCAGACAGACAGCAACGUCGUCUCCAUCCAAUUCCACAGCGAUGAUUCUGGAGAAAACCUCGGCUGGAGGCUGAGCUACACCACUAAAGGAAGUCAGUGUCCAGUCCCUAAGGCUCCGUCCAAUGCUGUGAUGGUCCCCAUCCAAUCAGAGUACUCCUUCAAGGAUCACGUGGUGUUCAGCUGUCAGCCAGGGUUCCUCCUGAUCCAGGACGGUGGGAUGUCAGAUCAUCUCCAGCUGGAAUGUCAGGCCGAUGGCUUGUGGAGCGGCCGUCCUCCUCGUUGUCACAUGGUGGAUUGUGGGAUUCCUAAGAAGGUUGAUGGGGCUAUUGUGAUGUUUCGUAACCAUGACAACAGCACGCUGUUAGGAGCGACAGUGCGUUACGUCUGCAUGGAGGACAGGAUCCAGCUGAGCAACAGUUCAUUCAAGUGUGGUCCCACAGGUGAGUGGGUUGAUGCUGAAGGAGGAACAGAGGUACCCGUCUGUUUGCCAGGCUGCGGCCUGCCUUCCCGUUCCCUCCCUUCUCAGGUAAAGCGGAUUGUGGGUGGUCGGAGUGCUGAGCCUGGUCUUUUCCCCUGGCAGAUUCUGCUCAGCGUGGAGGAUCUGUCCCGGGUCCCUGAGGACCGCUGGUUUGGCUCUGGGGCUUUGCUGUCUGAGUCCUGGAUCCUGACUGCCGCCCACGUCCUGCGGUCUCAGAGGAGGGACACAAGUGUUGUCCCGGUGGUUCCGGAUCAUGUUAAGGUGUUCCUUGGCCUCCACAGCAUCAGAGACAAACACUCAUCCACCAGCCGUUCUGUGGACCAGAUCUUCCUUCAUCCGGACUUUCAGCCCAACAACUACAACAAUGAUAUCGCCCUGCUAAGGCUGAGUGAGCGGGUGGAGUUUAACCGAAUGGUUCUUCCCAUCUGUCUGCCACCAGCUCACAGUCAGGACCAUCCUUCAUUCCUGCUCCCCCACUCUCUGGGUAUAGUUGCUGGUUGGGGGAUCUCCAAUGCUUCCUCUACCCCAUCCCCGUCCCCGCUGACAUCUGACCUCUUGCAGUAUGUCAAGCUGCCGGUGGUCCCUCUGGAUGAAUGUCGGGCCAGCUACACUUUGCGCUCCGUCAGCUACAACAUCACUGACAACAUGUUUUGUGCCGGCUUCUUCCAGGGCGGACGGGACACAUGCCUGGGGGACAGUGGGGGGGCAUUCGUGAUGGAAGUGAAGAGGAGGUGGGCUGUGUUCGGCCUGGUGUCCUGGGGUGGUCCUGAGGACUGUGGGAGUCAGAGGGUGUAUGGCGUCUACACCCGGGUGGAUAAAUAUGUGAACUGGAUUCAGAGCCAUGUUCAAGCUGCCCCCUGGUGGUGAACCAGAGACACUGUGUCUCUCUCCAGACACCUGCUGCUCAGCAACAAUUACCUGUGGACAGGUGUUCUCACAGUUUAUCACCAUGUCAAAGGCCCCACCAUCCUCCUGAACCUCAAGCCAAACACAUUCAGACCAAUAAGUUCUGCUUAUUCAUCAUCUGUAGCUUGAUCAACUGCAGAAUGCUGGUGAAUCUUUGGGUUGGUCAGAAAUUUUAAUGGAUCCUGAUAAAUCCUGACAUUAUCUGGGGAGGCGGUCCAUAUUGCAGACUCACGACUCUGUGGUUAUUCACUCAGUUUGUUAUAGACCUCACAUGAAGGAAUGUGAGGUCUUUAAUCUGCAUCAUACCUGCAGCCAAGAGAGCUGCUAAUUUCUUUUCCACCUCUUUCAACAGCAGCUCAUUGUUUUUUUGUUUUUCAAGAACAUGGAUCCAGGUAAAUCCUACUGUUUACCUGGAUCCUGGAUGUUUAACUGGAAGUUCAUACUGUAUGACUGGUUUUUAAUGCUGUCAAAUUCAACUGCAACCAUGUGAGGCAUCUAAUCUGCCUCAAAUCAACAGCCAUCUGAGCUGCUAUUUAAUUCUUAUGAAUAUUGAUUUUUUUCCUCCUUUAGCAGCUGCAGACAAUUUUUCAGUCAUUUUCAGGGAACCUGGGGAAUCCUGCUAGCCUUGGGAGCCCAUAAUGUAAACAGGUGACUGUGUGUGUUUUCCCUCGGCUAGCUACAGGUGAGGGUAUGUAAAGUACUAUGUAAAUAUUACUUCAAUGGGAAACUAAUUCCAAAGGAAUCAUCCGCCGGAUUCCGAGGAAAAAUGUAGUUGUUUUACCUUUUAUUGGAAAAACCUUCCUCCUGAAUCUCCAAACCGGGGAUGCUCAGACCUUUGCAGAUAGAAUCGUCAAGAUCACAAACUUCACACAGGGUCACUUUAACUGACCAAGCAAAGAGCCAUUACCAACAUCCUCAUAAAACUAUUAUAAAAAUCCUUAAUAAUGAUUACCUGAAGUCCACAGACAUGAGCAGAAAGGAUCCAGAUUGAUACUAAACAGAAGAAUUACACUAUUGAAAACCCAUGAACACUCAAUAAAGGACAUGAAACAAGGAAGUUCCUGCCUCUCUUUAUCUUUUAGGAGAUACAGUGUUCUCCUACUGUUUCCUGUAUAUGUUGAAUGAGGGAGACAGGUCAGGACAGCUGUGAGAGUGAGACGGACUAAGCAGGAUCCAGAUGAAACCUCAGAAACAGAAAUAAAACCCCCUGUUGAUCAGAAAGGCUGAUCAGGCUUUAACACAAACAUCUAGUUUCAUUCGGACAAUUUUUAAUAAUCACAUGCUUUAUUAACGACACUCCUGAAUAUGCAUCAUUUAUAUUGUGCACUGUUUUGUUACUUAAUAAAACCUGUUUGAAUCCACAGUAAAUGUGUUUUAAGUCUGCAGGAAAACAAAUGCACCGCACUGUUUAAUUUAGUAACAAAGAGUUUUUCAUUACUUCCAACUAUUAAAAGCAUAUUAACUAUCACCUGAUUUAGCGCUGCACUUUAAGAGCUGAUUUGCACAUAACUUAGAACCAUUUGGACACAAAACAUUUGAAUUAUUUAUCAAAUAUUUAUUGAGUAUUUCAAUACCUGGCUUGUAGCCCCGCACAGAUGAUCCUUGUUAAAACGUUUGGUAGCUGCCUGUGAGGAGAAUAGAGUUGUUGGGGUUAGAAAUAUAAUUUAGUAAAGGCAAAAUGGAAACUGUGUUUAGAUACUCAUCUGAAGGAGGUGAAGCCUGUUCCUCUGCUCUCAUGGUAGAUACAGAAACAAAUCACAAGCAUAAUCUCUGACUCUGGACCCAGUGCAUGAUUGCCUGUGUAGUAUGUCUACAAGUACAACAUGUUUUCCUCAGACACUGAAUCUGGAGGUGAAAAUAAAUCAGUAGAACAAA